AUGUCGAGUUUCAACAUAUCGACUCCCUUGUUUGUCGAUAGAAUCCUCAAUGAGCAAACAAAGCAGUUUAUCGCCGAGAACCAACAUAUAAACUAUGUCUACAAUUUUUUCCAGUCGGUUUCAUGGCUUCAAAUCGCGGCUACUUUGAUUGUGCUGGUGUUGUUAUACGACCAGGUCAAAUAUCAGCUCAACAAGGGCACCAUUGCUGGCCCCACCUUCAAAGUGUGGCCCAUCAUUGGUCCGUUUUUGGAGUCGUUGGACCCCAAGUUUGAAGAGUACAAAUCGAAGUGGGACAGUGGGGACUUGAGCUGUGUUUCGAUUUUCCACAAGUUUGUUGUGAUUGCCUCGAGCAGAGACUUGGCCAGAAAAAUUUUGUCCUCGCCCAAAUACGUGAAACCAUGUGUCGUUGACGUUGCAGUCAAGAUCUUGAGGCCUUCCAACUGGGUGUUUUUAGACGGCAAGGACCACGUCGACUACCGGAGAUCCUUGAACGGCUUGUUUCUGCAAAAAGCUUUGGAGAUUUACAUCCCCGUGCUUGAAAAAUACAUGGACUUUUACCUUGAAAAAUUCUGCAACUACGAGGGCGCAAGAGAAUUCUUUCCCGAGUUUAGAGAGUUGUUGUGUGCCUUGUCAUUGAGAACUUUUUGUGGUGACUACAUCACCGAGGACCAAAUCGCCUUGAUUGCGGACAACUACUAUAGAGUCACGGCUGCUUUGGAGUUGGUCAAUUUCCCCAUCAUCAUCCCCUACACAAAGACCUGGUACGGUAAAAAGAUUGCCGAUGAUACCAUGAAGAUUUUUGAAAAGUGCUCAGCCAAGGCCAAGAUCCAUAUUGAAAAUGGAGGCAGUGCAACUUGUAUCAUGGACGAAUGGAUCUUUUUGAUGAAACAAGCUAGAGAAAAACACUCGGACGACCCGGAAUCCAAAUUGUUGGUGAGAAACUUUUCCGAUAAGGAGAUCUCCGAGGUGAUCUUUACCUUUCUUUUCGCAUCUCAAGAUGCCUCGAGCUCAUUGGCAUGCUGGUUGUUCCAAAUCGUGGCCGAUAGACCAGAUGUCGUCGCCAAGAUUAGACAAGAACAAUUGCGCGUUAGAAACAAUGACCCGCUGGUGCCUCUCGAUUUGCAGUUGAUCAACUCGAUGACCUACACCAACAACGUUGUUAGAGAAAGCUUGAGGUAUAGACCGCCGGUUUUGAUGGUGCCUUAUGUUGUCAAGCAACCUUUCCCAGUCACCGACUCAUACACUGCACCGAAAGGGUCGAUGAUCAUUCCAACCUUGUAUCCAGCAUUGCACGACCCAGAAGUCUACGACCAGCCAGACUCGUUUAUCCCUGAAAGAUGGGAAAACACCACGGGAGACAUGGACAAGAGAAACUGGUUGGUGUUUGGAACUGGUCCUCACGUUUGUCUUGGAAAGAACUAUGUCUUGAUGUUGUUUACUGGAAUGUUGGGCAAAUUUGUCAUGAAUUCCCAUUUGAUUCAUCACAAGACUGCAUUGAGCGAAGAGAUUAAAGUCUUUGCUACGAUCUUCCCCAAGGACGAUUUGAUUUUGGAAUGGAAGAGGAGGGAUCCAUUGGCCGCUGUAUAA